AUGGAUACAAGAAAUCAAGCAUCUAGAAUCAUGAAAGAGAACCAUGAAGGAAAUGUUCUCAACAAUUGUAAGAUAAAUAUGGCUGACAUCAAAGACCAACUUAUAUGUAUUAAUAUGAAUAAGUUGAAAAACUUAAGUAAGGACCUAAAGGUCAGAAGUUUUGGUAAAACAAAGAAAGAUUUUGUUGAUAAAAUCUUGGCUUCAAUCAAGUCCAGAGAGGAUCAAGAAAUGGUAAAGACUUGCAUACACAGUGGUUCAGGAAUUACACUUGUAGCAUAUAGAAUGAUUUUUGAAAAAAAUGUAUGGAAUGUGAGUCUAUUGAAAGUUAGAAUGGCUAAUAAAUCAUUUAUGACAUUAAAAAGAGAAAGCAAAGUAUUGCUUAACUUUUUAAAUGAAGAAGAACUUAAGGCAAAAGUUUUUGCUAUGCCAAAUGAAUUAGUGAAACAUGAAGAUAUAUUUAUAGUGGAGGAUGUUAUGCUUCAGUGUGGUUUAUCAAUAUUAUUCGAGGGUGAAAAGUUAGUUUGUAUCAAUGAUAAGAAAUGUAUUUCUUAUAGUAAAAAUCAAACAAAAGAAACUACUUAUAGUAAAAUUGAAUUGAAAAAUGCGUACAUCCAAGUAAGAUAUCCAUCAGAAACAAUACCAUAUAUGAGAGUGAAAGUUUGUGAUAAAGUUUUUUGUUUUAAGAAAAUGGUUCAAGGAGGAAAAGUUUCACCAAUUCAACUUUAA